AUGACUAGAAAAACUAUCGUAUAUGAAAAGGCCGCCAAGUCGUUAUUAGAACGCCAUAAACAAAGGGUAAUCGACCAUUAUCAUCGAGAAGGCACCGAUCAGGAGUUCAUCACACGUAUGAAAUCCCUAAUUUCAAGCAAUCAGUUUGCUAACGACAUGGCCCGUAACAGUGUACGCCUAUGCCAUGUGUAUGAAAAUCCGGAUUGGCAUACAAAAGUAAUGGAUACAUUGGACAUCGAUCGAAUUUAUAAGAAUGUUGAUGAGAUGACUAAGGAUGAUGAGGACGAAUAUACAGAUAAUUUGGUGAAGGAGUUAUUACGUUAUUUCAAGAAUGAUUUCUUCAAAUGGGUGAAUGCGCCCCCAUGCGUGAAUUGUCAUAAUAUCGAAUUUCAGCAAUUCAAAAGAAGUGAUCGUCCUAACAGUAUAGAAUCUCAGCAUGAUUGUAGUGGUGUUGAAGUGUACCAAUGCGGGAAUUGUAAAGUAGAGACCCGAUUCCCAAGAUACAACGAUCCGCUCAAGUUAUUGGAGACUCGUCAAGGUCGUUGUGGGGAAUGGUGUAAUGUAUUUACUUUAAUCCUUCGUUCCUUUGGAUUAGAGGCUCGUUAUGUGUGGAAUAAAGAGGAUCAUGUUUGGUGUGAAUACUAUUCAUCUAAUUUGAAACGUUGGAUACAUGUUGAUUCGUGUGAGGCAUCAUUUGAUGAGCCGUUUAUUUAUUCUGUGAAUUGGAAUAAGAAGAUGAGUUAUUGCAUAGCGUUCAAUAAAGAUGGUGUAUGUGACGUAAGUCAUCGUUAUCUUAUUAAGAACCAAUUACCUCGAACAGCUAUCUCUGAGAAAGAAUUAUCACAACUCUGUGAGUUUUUCACAAGUCAACUUCGAGGCCAUAAUACAGAUGAUAAUGAGAUAUAUUCGUUGUAUAACCGUGACGUUGUUGAGCAAUUAUCAUGGAUAGAUGAUUCUAAGAAGAAGAAGAAUACUGCAACAACCAUCAGUACUGCAACUCAAGGUAGACAAAGCGGAUCAGCUGAAUGGACAGCACAACGUGGUGAAGACGGUAAAUAG